AUGAUUUCUUACACGGAAAUCAGUAUUCUAGACUUUCGCAAGCCACAGCUAACCAAAACCAAGUCAAAAAGCGAGCCACAGCGAGCCAAAAGCAAGCCAAAGCAAGUCACAGCUAACCAAAAGCAAGCCACAGCAAGCCACAUCAAGUCAAAAGCGAGCCACAGCGAGCCAAAAGCAAGCCAAAGCAAGUCACAGCUAACCAAAAGCAAGCCAAAGCAAGCCACAGCGAGCCAAAAGCAAGCCAAAGCAAGUCACAGCGAGCCAAAAGCAAGCUCAAGCAAGUCACAGCAAGCCAAAAGCAAGCCACAGCAAGCCACAGCGAGCCAAAAGCAAGCCACAGCAAGCCACAUCGAGCCAAAAGCAAGCCACAGCAAGCCACAGCAAGCCAAAAGCAAGCCAAAGCAAGCCACAUCGAGCCAAAAGCAAGCCACAGCAAGCCACAGCAAGCCAAAAGCAAGCUCAAGCAAGCCACAUCGAGCCAAAAGCAUGCCACAGCGAGCCAAAAGCAAGCCCAAGCAAGCCACAGCGAGCCAAAAGCCACAGCAAGCCACAUCGAGCCAAAAGCAAGCCACAGCAAGCCACAUCGAGCCAAAAGCAAGCCAAAGCAAGUCACAGCGAGCCAAAAGCAAGCCAAAACAAGUCACAGCGAGCCAAAAGCAAGCCCAAGCAAGCCAAAGCAAGUCACAGCGAGCCAAAAGCAAGCCACAGCAAGCCACAUCGAGCCAAAAGCAAGCCACAGCAAGCCACAUCGAGCCAAAAGCAAGCCCAAGCAAGCCACAGCAAGCCACAUCGAGCCAAAAGCAAGCUCAAGCAAGCCACAUCGAGCCAAAAGCAAGCCACAGCGAGCCAAAAGCAAGCCCAAGCAAGCCCAAGCAAGCCACAUCGAGCCAAAAGCAAGCCAAAGCAAGCCACAGCAAGCCACAUCGAGCCAAAAGCAAGCCACAGCAAGCCACAUCGAGCCAAAAGCAAGCCACAGCAAGCCACAGCGAGUCAAAAGCAAGCCACAGCAAGCCACAUCGAGCCAAAAGCAAGCCACAGCAAGCCACAGCGAGCCAAAAGCAAGCCACAGCAAGCCACAUCGAGCCAAAAGCAAGCCACAGCAAGCCACAUCGAGCCAAAAGCAAGCCACAGCAAGCCACAACGAGCCAAAAGCAAGCCGCAGCAAGCCACAUCGAGCCAAAAGCAAGCCACAGCAAGCCACAUCGAGCCAAAAGCAAGCCGCAGCAAGCCACAUCGAGCCAAAAGCAAGCCGCAGCAAGCCACAUCGAGCCAAAAGCAAGCCGCAGCAAGCCACAUCGAGCCAAAAGCAAGCCAAAGCGGCAGUCACUUCGAGGCCCCGCCCCUUGCUCAGGCGUCAUCAUCGCAGACAUUAAAGCUGAGCUCUUCGGUAAUCCCUACUUUAGGGCCGACCUUCCAUGGGGACUUCCCCUGGUCUGCGUGUGGCUCUACAAGUGCUGA